CUACUUAUUCUUGGUAACAGUUACUAAAUCUAAAUAUAAUUUUGAAGUUUUUUCGAGUAAUAAUCUGUGAUUUUCACACAACCACCUAUUAUUUAAAUCGUGUCAAGUAUGGGCCAAUCAGCCAAAAUAACUCGCGGGGGCAACAAAAAGCGUAUUAAUCAGGGGAGGCUUCAAGCCAAGAUGAAAGCACAAGGUGGGAAAAUGCAUACAACAUCGAUUAAAGAAUCAGUCGAUGCGAAGCGCCUCCUCAAACUAAAAGCCCAGUCAAUAUCUGAUGUGUUGAAAGCCAAAACUUCGGCAAAUUUACAGGGACAGCAGGCCCAGGUUACCAGUAUUAUUCGUAUGCUUCCUAAGCCACGGCCUAACAACACUUCUGCCUCCCCUACAGGAAGUAGCACAGUCCAACGCACAGCACCAUAAGCAGAAUAGGACAUCAGAAGAGGGGGUAAGAUUACAUGGUAUUUGAUAUACUAUUGCCACUAAUUAUUCUUCCCCUCCUCCCCUCCCUUUAUUACGAUAUGAUGUGGCUUUUUUUUUUUUGGAAACGAUUAAUGCGACUGCAAUGGAUGAGUCUUCUCAUAUUUAAGACCGAGCUGAUUUUGCUCAGUGAGUUUGUUUCAUAUUGCCUUAAAA